CGCUGAUGGGGCCGUGGCUGCACAUCUGGUCCUCGCCCUCCUCCUCCAUCAUCUCCCACCACUUGCGGCGACGCGGCUGCCUGCGGUGCGGAGCCACAAUCUCACAUGUGGCACGAGGCUGCCGUCCCUUGCCCGCCGCCACUUCGGUCGUUCGUGGGUCGGCCGACGGGGUCCUUCCUCCUCCUUGACAGCGACCUCCUUUGCAGGCUAAGAGGCACAGCAGAAAACAUCAGUUUGUUCUCUUUUUUUUUGGAGUCAUUCUGCUUCUCAGAGGAGCGAACAAGGAAUGGCAGAGCAGGAACCUGAGCCUCGACACUCACAUUCGAGUCACUGACCUUGAGAAAGUCGUCAGAAAUAGAGACGGCCUUCAGAAAAUAGAUCACCAUUCCGCCUGCAGACAACGAGAGCCACAAGCACGUGUACGACAACGAAACGGGUCACACAUUCAUCGUGAUAUGCCAUCCAUACAUCGCACCAUCACUACAGCCAAGAGACACAACGCACAAGGCCACACUCCCCACCAAAAUGGCUUCAGCUUCUUCGUCGCUGCUGGACAGCAUAUUCUCGUCCUCGUCUUUGCCACUGGGCACAGGAAGGCCAUCCUACAGCACCCGCACAUGCAGCAGACACACGCAUUAUCACACCGCACCACCACACACUUGUACUGACCUGCUGGAGCCUCAGGUUUUCUCUCGACAAGAUGGGAAGGUGCCAUCG